GCCGCCGCCGCCGCCUGUGCGCCCAGCCUGCCAGCAUGGCCCUGGACCGCGGCAGCAGCAGCAGCAGCCCUUUGGAGGCCGCCCUGGCCGAGUGCACAGAGGCCCUGAAUUGCUUCCUGCAUAACCAGUUCAGUGAGAGCCUAGAGAUGCUUCAGCCCAGGACCAGAGAAAGCAUGUACCAUGCCUUGAUCUACGCCAUCAUACUCGAGAUGCAAGCCAUGAUGACUUUUGAGCAGGAGGACAUUGCCCACGCAGGCCACACCAUGAAAGAGGCCCAGGAGAUCUGCCAGAGGUUUCGCAGGAAAAACAUUGUGACCGGCGCCUUCUCUGGUCGGACAGGGGGAGAAGCCUGUACUGAGGAGGAGCUGCAUGCUGAAGUGUGUUAUGCCGAAUGCUUGUUGCACCGGGCGGCUCUAACCUUCCUCCAGGAUGAAAAUAUGGUGAAUUUCAUAAAAGGGGGGAUCAAGGUGCGUAACAGCUACCUCAUUUACAGGGAACUCAACAGUUUCAUGCAACCCAGUCCGUUGCCAGCAAGCUCUGUUCGUGGCCAUUUGGAGGGCGGAGUUGCGCUGGGCAUUGGUGCCUUCAACUUGACUCUCUCCCUCUUCCCACCCCGGAUACUGAAACUUCUAGAAUUUGCAGGAUUUUCUGGGGACAAGGAUUAUGGUCUGCAACAGCUGCACCAGGGGGCCACCACACCCAACCUACGGGCGCUGCUUUGCACCAUGUUGCUCCUCUGCUACUAUACCUUCUUGACCUUCAUUUUAGGAGUUGGUGAAGAUGACUUCACGGAGGCUGAGGCCUUGCUGAGUCCAUAUCUCUCCCGCUACCCCAAGAGCGCCAUUUUCCUGUUCUUUGCUGGGAGAAUAGAAGAGAUCAAAGGGAACAUCAAUGAGGCCAUCAAGAAGUUUGAAGAGGGUUGCUCGGUCCAGCAAGCCUGGAAACAGUUUCACCACAUGUGCUACUGGGAACUGAUGUGGUGCUUUGCCUACAAGGGGAUGUGGAAGAUGGCCUACUUCUAUGCAGACCUGCUGAGCAAGGAGAACCGAUGGUCCAAGGCGAUGUACGUGUACAUGAAGGCUGCCUUCCUCAGCAUGCUGCCCAACGGGGAGCCACGACCUUUUGGGGAGGAUGAGGUCACUCUCUUUAGGCAGGUUUCUUCCUUCAAGCAGAAGAUUGCUGGGAAGUCUCCGCCCACAGAGAAAUUUGCCAUCCGCAAAGCAAGGCGCUACAAAGCCAGCGAGCACGUUCCUUUGCCGGUGCCGGCCCUGGAGAUGAUGUAUAUGUGGAACGGAUUCACCGUCUUGCGCAAGCAGCAGGAACUGCUCGAGGGCACGCUGGACACUCUGGUGAAAGCUGAGAAGCAACUGCAAGAAGUGCCAGCCAGUGAGUACCAGGUGGACGAUCAGUGUCUGGUUCUGCUUCUCAAGGGACUAGUCCUCAAGCACUUGCGCAGUCCAACAGAGGCCGAGGCUUGCUUCAGUGCUGUCCAUGCCAGCGAGAAGAGGAUCCGCUAUGACCACUAUCUGGUACCCAACGCACUGCUAGAGCUGAGCCUGUUGUACGUGGGGCAAGGCCGGAACGAAGAGGCCGUGCGGCUUCUCCGCAGGGCCAAGAACAACUACAAGAACUACUCGAUGGAGUCGCGAACUCUCUUCCGGAUCCAUGCUGUGUUAUCCAAACUUAAGGCCAUUCAGGAAGAAAAUGGAGCAGACGGAGUCAGCCCUUCCUAGGAACUGAAAGCGCUCCCUGCCUUCUGCUGCGAAGGAAGAGGCAGGCCGCCCUUAGCAUCGCCUGGACCAAAGAGAGAAACUGCCAAAGCUUUGUGAUCUUUGGGUGGAUCAGUACAAAGGAGUUUGUUGUCACCAAAAUUGUGCCACUUGGCUCUAAAGGUUUAGUGCCUGACACGUUGUCUGUGGGAAUGGGUAGGCUUUAUCUAGAUGGGAGUUUAGCUCCCCAAACCAGACGGGGAAAUGAUGCUUGCUAAUCAGUGAAGCCCACUUCAUCAGUCAGUCUCUUCACUCAGGGUCCUACAACUUAGAGCAAAGUGGCAGAACGGCCCCCAUUGACCUGCAGGUACCCCUCCAUCCUGCCCGGCCAGGUGUCUAGGCACCAGUGACUGCCCAAGUCUCUGCCCAGCAACGUGCCACUCUCCCCGCUUUCCAUCCUGACCCUUGGAGGGGUUCCCUCCCCUUUUAUUUCAGCUGCCACCGACUGGCCUUUGCAGGAAUUACAGCCUAAAUAGCCCAACUUCACCCAGACUCUUCAUCCUCUAAGCAGGGGUUGGCCACAGUCAGUAACUUGGGUUGCUCUGUAGAUGAAGGCAACGGCAAGCCAUCUCUACUCACUUCCGAGCACACCUCAAGGACAGGGUCGCCACGAGUCGUCUGUGACUUGACGGCAUACCCUCUUCCUUUUUCUCCCUCUUCCCUCCAAUCUCAGAACGUGGAAAAAAUAAGGCCCCUUGGUUUCCUGCUUUGUAUUUCUUAGCAGGUUGCCGUUUGCUUUCCGAAUCCUUGCUACCACUGUCAGAGACCUUCUCUGUGUCCAGCUGGUAUUUAAGACUUCCCACUCUGAGCACUUUGCACGGGAUGGAAACUCCUCUCUCUCCGUGGCCUUCUCUUUUUUCAGUGGCGGAGGGAGCUUUUUUCCCUGGAGUUUCCAACUGGUGGACAAGAAAUACGCUUACAGGCAUUUUGGAUAUAUGCAGCGGAAUUCAGCAGAGACCUAACCAUUGUUGCCCCAGAUGAAGGUUCUAGCAUAGCUUAUCUUUUUGGAGGAGGGGAGGAUGAAAAAAAGAGUCUCCUACAUUAGUUGUUUCACUUUGUGACAGCAGCUGGGCCUAGAAGCCGCUACAGGGCACUUGUGAACGGACCCCUUCUAGUUCCAUUCCAUUUUGCUCUUGUGCGUGCAUUUUCAUUGCUGACCAUCCUGCUUUAAGAGCAAUUCAUGAACCUGCUUUUGGAAUGUCUGGAUCUCCUUUGAACCUGAUUAUUGCACUGAUGUGCAAUAGCCUCUAGCCACAAGUUUCACAGAUUCACUGCGGCACGCAAGCCCCUUGCAGAGAUGUCCCACCAUUGCUGGAUAGCACCAUUUUGCUAUAAGGAGGGUCUUUGGAGUAGGAACAAAAGGCAGCUCAGGUCCCUGCAUUGGUGACUCUUGUCAGAUGUUCUUCUGGCCCAACUUUUACUCAGGGGUUGUUCAAAUUAGAGAUGUGUUAAAGCCUUAUCUUAGAUCUGUUUGCUUUAGCAUUUGUUUUUAAAAAAAGUUGUGGUGUAAGUGGCUUCAUAAACCAGCAUGCCUGGAAGAAAGCACAGAUUUUCAAGCACCACUGCUUGCUUGUUCCACAGGCCUGAACUAAUCAAUUCUCCCGUCUGCCUCUUUCUAAGCAGAGCAAUUUUCAAGUAAGGAGCAUAGUCUGUUUGGUCAAAUGGCAUUUUGGGGGGGGGGACAUGCCACAACAGAACGUGCAUAAAAUGUCAGUAGGGGAUGAUACCAGGUGAUUUCCUUUGGCCAACGGUAGUCAUGCUCAGUACUUAACAGUUGCUGCUUUAGCAUCAGGAACCCCCAUGGCUUGGCCACCUUCAAAAGACACAUGCUGACUCCUUCCUUACCACUGCUUAGCAAGUCCUGUCAAAUUCUUGAUGUUUCCAACCAAUGCAACUGAAGUGCACAAGUUUUGCGAAGAGGCAGGGAAACAUUUGUUCCCUUCUCAUCCUGUCCUAUGCCAAACCACGGCCCUCCCAGUAAUUUGUCCAGGUGACUUGCUAUUAAGCUGCAACAGGAAAUUAUUGUUGUCCAACCUGGAGCAGCUUCCCCGGCAAGAGGGAAGCUGUGCUAAUAACGAAGGUUGGAAGUAAAUGAUAGCAGUGUUGUGGGAAUUCAAGAGCAAGUGUUAGUAUAAAACCAGCACCGUGCCUUCUGAGUCCUGUGAGAGGCAGGAGGCAAGGGCGAAGGAAGAGCAAGCUGCUGCUAGGCUGACGCUAUCUUAAAGAAAUUGUCUCUACCUCAUUUGUUUUGCAGAUUAAGCUGCCAAUCCAGUGACACAGCUUGCCUUGCUUAGCAGUUCUCUGCCUUACGGGGUUCUGUGGAACCUUUUCUGUGUUUCUAAAAAGCAUGCAAUUUAAAAGCAUUAAGAAUAUAUGCACCUGCGUGAACAGAGACUCAGUUUCUCUUUGGGCAGAGCCCCAGGAAUUGUAACUUGGUUUGGAAAGUGCCUCUCCUGCCAGUGCAUCGCCAGCUUUCAGUAACACCCAGCAGUCGAGUCUGAAAAAGAACACUGCAGUGUUUACAUUUGUCAUUGAGUUGUGAAAACACUUGGUCUGUUUUGUGUCUUUUGGCAAGAAAGGGCUAACAUGGGUUACCUUCUCUUAACUUUUCCUCGCCUGUGUUCUAGUUAAAAUAGUUCCCCAUGGCUUGGCAUGUUAACAUAGUAGGAGAGACGAGGGACAUGCACAAUGAAGUGCUAAUUCAAGUAUCGCCAAAGAUGUUGCAGCACCUGAAACUAAACAGUGUAAUGUGAAGAGCAGCUGCCAGAUAAAAGCCGUUUCCCAUGCAUGAAGCUUACAAGCUGGUGAUGUUAGGUGCAUGUAGGAACGCACAGGAUGGACUGAGUGCUUUGCAAGGUGAAAUGAAAAAAAUAACUGAAAACAUACUGAAAAUGCAACACAGAAAUUUACUGAUUUUUUAAGUUCAUCACAGGCAGGGCAAACUGGAUGCUGACCUGAAAUUGCUCUCGCUCUUGGAGCAGGGAAGGCCCGCUACAGCGAGCUGGUUAAUGGCCUCUGAUAGGUUAGCGAAGUGAAAUUUGCUCCUUGAAAUCUCAAAUAAAGAAGCAGAGAACCAUGCUUUUACUGCUGUUGCCAAUUAGGAAAGUGGAGAUGGGCAGGAGGGGAAUUUAAAGAAAGUAGUUUUGCUCAGCAGUUUAGCUCUUCCUGUAAGAGCAGCAGGGGGGAAAUCUUGGUUCUACCAUUGGGUGAUUUUAAUUUAAUUGUGAUACACGUGUAAAGUAAAAAUAAUUUAUAUGAGAAACUCUGCUGUUUUAAUAAAACACAGACAUUUGCUGUCAGGCUUUUUAACACAGUCAUGUUCUUUUAGAGGACAGGGUCUCAAUUAGAAGAUAAAGGCGGUAGUCAGUCAAAUGAUGACUUCCACAACUGCACGUUAGGUCAAAACUAUUGUAUGCAAGUACUACGUGAAACCAAAGGGAUCCUCUUCCUCUCUAUCCUCAUCUGGCUGUUAAGGCAAAUAAAAGUGGU